GUAGUGACUAGUAAGCUAGGCUGUGAGGAGCAGUCACGUCGAGUCUUUAUGACGUGAGACUGUACCGUUCGGCAUGUUACUAGUAGAGCCUGGCUUGUAUAUCGGGGAUGUGGCAACAGCGGCAGAUGUUGGACAGCUGGCGGCUCCUGGAAUCACGCAUGUGCUUACAGUGGAUACGGAGCCACCGGUAUUGCCUGAAGCGAUCGCACACUUAUGGCUGCCCGUACGUGACGAUGCCGGUGCCGACUUGCUUAGUAACCUGGACCGGUGCGACCGAUUCAUACGGGAGGCGGUGGGCACGCACCGGGGCGCUGUGCUCGUGCACUGCCAUGCAGGUGUCAGUCGGAGUGCAGCUGUGGUCACGGCAUACUUAAUGAAGACAAAGCAGCUUCAGUUCCAGGAUGCGUACAGCAGAUUGCAAAGCAUCAAGCCAGAUGUCAAGAUGAAUGAAGACUUUGUUAAUCAGCUCUUACUGUAUGAGAUGAUGGGCUGUGAGGUGGACAUCAGCAGUUCUGUCUACAAACAGUAUCGUUUGCAGAAGAUUACAGAAAAAUUCCCAGAGCUGCAGGGUUUGCCACAAGACGUUUUUGCAGAAGAUCCAAAUGCUGCUGGUGUACCACGGAACUCGGAUGCCCUCUAUCGAUGCAGAAAAUGCCGUCGCUGCUUGUUUCACAGUUCAAGCAUUCUAAGCCAUGUUUUUGGCAUUGGGGUAGCGGCCUUCUCUCAUAAGAAGAUUGCCCCACACCUUUCAAGUGGUGCUUCACCGGAGAAGACAAAAUGCACUUCUUACUUCAUUGAACCUGUGCGAUGGAUGGAGUCUGCCCUCUUGGGAGUUAUGGAUGGCCAGCUGCUUUGUCCGAAGUGUAGCUCCAAGCUGGGGUCCUUCAACUGGUAUGGAGAUCAGUGCUCCUGUGGUCGUUGGAUAACACCUGCAUUUCAGAUUCACAAGAAUCGAGUGGAUGAAGUAAAACAGCUCCUGAUUCCUGGGUUACAUAAAGUUGUGACAUCGGGACUGAAAUCUACACAGUGAUUUGUUUGGAGCCCAGUUUUUAAGCACCAUUCUGAAACUUGGAAGAGCUGUGACUAUUAAGCAGAAAUUUACAAACAAAACAGUAGAUGAAAUAGCCAGUCUAUUCAGCUGGCUACUGCUUUCUGUUUUUUGGGCCUGAAUGCCACAUGGUUGUAACUGCACCAAUGCACUACACCAUCCACACACGUUUAGUGAUUUUUCAUGGCACUUUGAUUUGAACUUGUACAUAAAUUCUGUUCCUGUGCAUUCCUUUUUGAAAUUAGUCAUUUUUGCCUUACGAGGUUGAAUUUGUUAUUGUUUUCAGUAACUGUAAUAUUUCAUUGUAAUAAAAUGAAAUGCAUAUA